UCGCCUUGUUGAGGGGGGACGGCAGGAUCCGGCAGGAAUUCAGAGCACGGUUAUUAUUUUAUCAGCUGGUGCUUUUAAUUGGCCGAUUUUUGCUUUUUUUUUUACACAGGGCUGAGGUUUUUAUGAGCUUUGGAUGUUUGUCUUCCAAUGGGAAUUGGAUUUUUUUUACCCAUCCACAGUCUUUCAGGUAGAUAGAUAGCUGAUAGAUGAUGGACCGUAGAGCAAAAGAAGCCUUUCCACACCAGUUGCUCUUUGGUUCAUGUAGAUAGGUAGGAGUGUUGAGAGAGACAGACAGAGAAGGGGCAGUCAGUUCUGGUUUGGGUGGUCUCUAAGCUGCUUUAUGGUCACUUAUUGUGGACGUUUUACAGGUUUAGCAAGCUAAUUAGCUCAAAUUCAGUCAGUGGCUGGUUGUAGGUUGGUUUAUGUGGACCGAGCUUAGGGGUGUUGGCUUGCAUUACUCACACUCAUAGGCUACACACACACAUACACACACAUGCUCGCCACUAUGACUAACCCAGCUCUAGCUGCGAUAGUGAAGACGAAGAGAGGAUGCUAUAGCCAACUCGACUGACUGGCUGUCUUACCAUUUGUUGCAGUACCGUUUUUCUAAAGGCAUUUUUUUUUACGUUUUUUACCCUAUAUUAGCUGUGUUUUUCUCUAUUUUUCUGUCAUUUUCUAUUUUUUCCUUUUCUCCCUUGCUUUUUUUAUUCAAUUUGUUCCCCCAAAAUCAAACACUCACGUCACGCCCAGCGAGAGCUUUCUUCACCUGAACGGACUCUCUCUCUCGUUCUCUCUCUCUCUCUCUGAACAACCCGCCGGUCUCGCGCGCGCGCGCGCAGAUGGACGCGGCGGCGGGUGCAGCGCGCGCUGCCUCCUCUCGCCGCCGCUCGCGCCCCGGACCGUACUCUCACCACGUGCCGCGCGGCCUCCUGCUGACGGACUGCGAGAGCGCGCACCCACCGCUGAACUGAGAGGCUGGAGCGAGACUUCGCAGAACUGAUGGUGCCAGAUACAGACAGUACUACAGCCUGCAGCAGGGAGGCACAGUUGCAGAAGAUACCAAAGCAGUUUAGACGUCUGCAUCGUUCUUCCAGACAUGGGCAUGCUAAAUGAUUUAAAGAGGGUGCUUUCCUUCCCUCCGUAUCCAGGGGAUUACCUGCACCCGGUUGUGUACGCGUGCACGGCGGUUAUGCUGCUCUGCCUGCUGAUAUCAAUUAUGACAUACAUUAUACACCACAGUGUGAUCCGAAUCAGCAGGAAAGGAUGGCACAUACUCCUAAAUUUCCUCUUCCACACGGCCGUGACGUUUGGGGUGUUCGCAGGAGGCAUCAACCAGAUCAAGUACCCUGUCGUCUGCCAAGUGGUUGGCAUCAUCUUGCACUACUCCUCUCUGUCCACCAUGCUUUGGCUGGUGUUCACUGCCAGGAAUCUAUGUAGAGAGGUCUCCAAGGCUCCGCCUCCACCUCAGGGCAGAGAUCCGCCUGCACAUCACCGCCCCAAAGCCACCAUAUUCAGAUUUUAUCUGGUCAGUGGUGGGGUUCCCCUCAUUAUUGUUGGGGUCACUGCUGCAGUUAGCCUGGACAACUACGGGAGCAGAGAUGAUGCCCCUUAUUGCUGGAUGGCUUGGGAGCCCAGUCUGGGAGGCUUCUAUGGUCCCAUUGCUUUCCUGGUCCUCGUGAUGUGUAUCUAUUUCCUGUGCACGUUUGUUCAGCUGAAGCGUCACCCGGAGCGCAAGUACGAGCUGAAAGCAAUGACAGAGGAGCAGCAGAGACUGGCCACUGCGGAGAUAGGACACUGCCAUGCUGGAGGAGAGCAUGGAGAACAUGGGGAUCACUUGGGCUGCACAGCCAUCACAGCUUCCAUGUUGGCCAACGAGCAUUCCUUUAAGGCCCAGUUACGGGCCACCGCCUUCACCCUCUUCCUCUUCCUGGCCACAUGGGCUUUCGGGGCACUGGCUGUGUCACAGGGCCAUUUCCUGGACAUGAUCUUCAGCUGCUUGUAUGGUGCAUUUUCAGUCACACUGGGGCUGUUCUUGCUGAUUCAGCACUGUGCCAAACGGGACGAUGUAUGGCACCGCUGGUGGGCCUGCUGCCCGUCUAAACCUAAAGUGGAGGUGAACGGAGAGGCUGCGGCCAGUAACGCUGUCACUCAAAUCCAAAGCCACACCACUCCCUCCCACAGCCAGACUCAAAUCCACUGUCCGGCGGAGCCGCCUUGCCCGGCUAAACCUUUACUGUCCCCCCACCUCCACACUUCUCCUCACUGUAAACUCAGUCCCUUACCCUCCGUUCAGAACCAUGCUAGCACCUGCUGUGCUGCUCUGCACUCAUCAUCCCCCAUGCUGGGGGGCUCCUCUCGGCCUCAGUCGCUUCCAGACGAACUGCCUCGGCCCACUCUGCCCUUGCAGAGCUGCUUGAAGGACAGGACUAAAUCACGCUCCUUCAACCGGCCACGCCCCUGCCUCAGGGACUACGCCUACCACAUGGCUUCCACCAGCAUGGACGGCAGCGUGCACAGCUCGCACCUAGACAGCCCCCACAGUGUCCAUCUGGACAACCCCCUCACCUGCCAUGCAUCACACCUGGACAGCCAGCUGUCCUGCCACAGCCCACACCCAGACAACCAGUUGCGUUGCCCAAGCCCCAGCCCACACCUGGAGGGCCUGGCCUCACACAGUCUGCAUGACAGCAUCUCCUGCCACAGCGUGCACCUGGAACUGGAAGGCCACGAUGGACACACCUGCCACAGGCAUGCUUGCUGCGCCAAGGCCGACCCAUUCUCCAGCUUCUGCUGCACAAAAGCAGACCCCUUUGCCAGCACUUGCCAGACGGAGGACCCUGACUCGAGUUCCUUGAUGUUCAGUAGCGCCAAAACGGCCGAUAAAGAGGACGAUGUCAUGCUGCACUUGGAUAUCCCCCCUCCGCGGGGUGCCCUGCCCUGCUCUCAGGCCACUCUCAGCAGAAAGGGCACCCUCAGUCGCAGGGGGACGCUAAGCCGCAACGGCAGCCUACAUGAGGAUUACGCCUAUAGCUCUGACUCCACAGGUAACAUUAGGACUGGGCCAUGGAAAAACGAAACCACUGUGUAGCCCAGUAACUGAUGGGAAGUGACCUGUUCCAUCCUCCUCAAGCUAAACUACUGUGUAGUCCCAGGGCUGUUACCCUCCUAAAGAAGGCCCCUUGACCUCUGAACUAAACUACUGUGUAGUCCUUCCGCUGUGGCUCUCAUCUGCACUCUCCCGAAAAACCUCAAAACCUUCACUUUUACCACUAAAUAUAAAUUUAUAUGGCUUUGAAAGAUUUCGCUUCCCACACUCAACUCACCUGUGUACAUCCUUUGGUUUAGCACGAUUCUCUGCCAUUAAAAAUGGUUCUGAGGUAGGAAGCGCACUGAUAAAAUGUUUUUUUUUUAAGUCAAUUGAUUUUUGUACAUGUUAAGUGUUCUUGGGUACCUUUACAUAAUGUGCAAUUACUUCAGUGUGAGUGAAUGUGUGUGCGAGUGCAUGUGUUUGUGUGCACCCCCUAGAUGCACUUUUAAAAGUCAAGAGGCUUCAAAGGGCUCUUCAUGUGAUGUCAUAGAACAACUGCUGUGUAAAAGAGAUGUGUGAGUAUGAAUAACCUUAAUAAUAGUGGAGAACCUUUAAAUGAAGUACCUUUAAAAGGUUCUGCACACUCAAACAUCCUCUCUUCACAAAAACGGGCUAUUUUAUAAUAGUAGCAUAACACACGUUACACAGUCCAUUCAGAAUAACCACUACCUUGUUUUUACACUUUGUAGCAAUUUUAUCAGCUGCACUGAGAAAAUAGAAUUAAUUUGUAGUCCUGUAUCUGUUUCUCUGUAUACGUUAUUAUUCUCCUUUUACCUUGUUUUCAAGACCCACAGGAAAGAGCAGAGCAGGUAUUAUUUUGGUGGUGGAUCAUUCGCAGCACUGCAGUGACAUUAAGUGACAUGAUAGUAUCAUGUUAGUGUGUUUUGCUGGUAUGAGUGGAUGAGACACAGUAGUGCUGCUGCAGUUUUUAAACACCUCAGUGUCACUGCUAGACUGAGAAUAGUCUACCAACCAGAAAUAUUCAGCCAACAGUGUCCUGUGGGCAGCGCCUGUACACAGGCAGACCAUGGUUCAGUAGAUCUGCACAAUUGUUUGGAUUAAUCUUUGGUCCUUUGGUCAAACUGAAAAUUCGGACCAAACAAGGUAUGUGUGAAAGCCCCUAUAAUUUUUUGAUUGAACCAAAAAUGGUUCUUUUAAAGAACCCUUUGAAGCAUCUGUAUGUUUAACAGUGUGUGUGCAUGUGGUAACAUGCGCUCUUGUUUAUGUGUGUGUGUACAUAUGUGUAGAAGACUUGUUAACGCGAAAGAAGAGAUUUCUAUCAAUUUGAGUUUUAUUGCCAAAAGUGAUCACACCAGCACUACAAACUGAUGUGUACAAACUGUGAAUCGUCACAUUUAAAAGAUGUGCAAGUUGAUGUCAGUCAAAUCUAGUCUUGAAUUUUAUGGGUCAGGUCGUGAUUCAGAUUUGCUAGAAGUUUUCCACUGCACCAGUGAACAUCUGACACCUCUCUAUUCUCCAUAGUCCAUCAUCAUUAAGAUACUCUGACGUGAAUUUUUUUUCUUCCACAAAAACAGCUAAACAAAUUGUCUUCUGUCUGUUACCAUGGUGACAGAGCGUGAAGUGAGGUGCCCAACCAGCAUGCGUUUUGAACUGCACAUGAUCUGCACAUAGUGUUUUCCUGCAAAGUGCACAUCUAAAUCAAUGGCCUUAUUGAGUCUGUCAGUUCUGCAUUGAUCCCCAGUUUUUUAUGUUGCACUGAAUCACUGGAGCAGUUUUAGUGUAACGUGGAUACGUGGGGGUAAGCAGGCCUGGUCUGACACUGUAAACAAAGUCACUGAGCAUCAGGAGUUGAAGCUGAAGUAUUUGGAAAUAGUGGCUGGGUAAUUAUCACAGUGCUGCGCCUUUUGGUCUUCAAAAUCUUAAAAAAAAAAUUAAUUACUUUGAUUAUUCAUCAUAUUUUUAAUGUUUUCAUAUUAGCACUGUGUAUUGGAAAGAACUUUGCUUUAGGUAACACAAUACAGGAAUUCAGGAUUCAGUAUGUUGUGAAAUACAGUGACUUUGUAAGCAAGGCUAUACAUUGCAUUUGCUUAAAUUAAAUUAAAUAAAACCUUUUUCAUUACCAUGAAAUUUUACCACAACUGGGUGGACAGCUUAAGCUUUACCCCAACUAAAUAUGGAGGCAGUAUAAGAAAUAUUAAGUUAAUAUGAUUACUUGAUGAACAUGACAUGCACAUUUCUGCAGUACCUUGAAAAUAAAGCAAUGUGAAAGUUGUGAUGUCACUGAUGUUAAAUUAGUGGUUAUUCAAAGAUGAUAGGGGAAAUAGGAAAUUCUUGGACUAGCUUGAUACUUUUUUAGUGAAAAUAGGUAUUUAAAUAAUUAAAAUGAUUUUAAAUUGUUUAAAUUUUUAAAAAUAUUCAAAACUGCAAAUACAAUUUUGGUAUUAAACACAAAAGAGCCUCCACAUCAAAGGAAACAGUAUAAAAUGUACAGAUACUUUACAGUAAAAGUUAACAUUCCUCUACAUUGAUAAAAAUGUAUUAAAUUAUUUAAACAAUUAUACUGAAGACACAAAAGGCACAUUAUACUGAUAUUGAACCGCCUACUGUUCACAAAACUUCUGUUUUUUCAUUCUCCCUGUCACUGGUCACUCUUGGCAUUAUGCCUUUGUCCACAGCCACCACUUUCCCUUUAUAUCUAUCUUACUUCUUACUCACAUUUUCUUCUGUAGAGUUCUUUUAACCAACGCAAGCUCACACCUCUCUCAUGAGUAUAAAUUACAGCUUACCCUAACUGUGAAAUGUGCAGUAAAAAGAAAAAAAAAGAUUAGCCACAUGAUCAUAGAGAAUACGCCAGCAGCUACACGUUUCCGAGCUCUGUUCUGGUGUAGAAUUGCAAUCUGUCACACAAGAAAAAGCCACGUUAAUCCUGCUAGAUAGCAUCUGUCUUGACAUUUGUUUUGAAUGGGUUGUGCCGUGUAAUUGAUAAGGAUGAUAAUCAAAACAAGCGUCAGUGUUGGAGUCAUGCUGAACAUUUGAAUCAGUCUAUUCCUUGUUUCUUCAUUUUGGGUCGUGUUGUGUUUCUCUGUAAGCUCAGGGAUCAAGUUGCAUUUUUUCACCAGUAAAGCCACACGAAAAACUGCAAGUGCAUGCAAUUAACGUAACCGUCGGCCCCUGUGCACCACAUGGACUGUCACUAUAGAGGAAAAGCGAGAUGAACUGCUGCGAGUCGAGUCGUUUUCUACACUGCCCACACCGACUGACCCCGGCCCAGCCUAUAGGUGUGCAGAUGGAUGUCGCGUCACCCUCGUCUUUUACUUUCAUGUGUGAAGGGACAUGAAACAUGUCAACAUGCAUUUCGUUCCAUGUGUCGUGCCAUAUGUACACCCAUCUCUUUUUGAUAGGACAUGAAAAGCGCUGCAUUGAUCUUUGUACAGUACAUGUGACCUGUGCUGUGACCUAACCCAAAGCCAGCCAUUUUGUUUCUUUUAUACAUUUGCCACUGUUUCCAAUAAAUGUAUUUUAUCACCAUG